AUGUCGUCAACAUCACAAGUCCCGAGCCCUGUGCUCAAGAAGCCCUUGACUAUGGCCCUGAUCCAGCUGGCGUCGGGGUCAGACAAGUCGAAGAACUUGGCGCACGCCGCGGGGAAGGUCAAGGAAGCAGCUGGCACAGGCGCAAAGCUCGUUGUUCUCCCCGAAUGUUUCAAUUCACCAUAUGGCACCAACUACUUUCCCGAGUAUGCUGAGACGCUUCUGCCCUCCGGUGAUGGUGAAGCUUCUGCGCCUUCGUACGAUGCUCUCAGCGCCAUGGCGCGCGACAACCAGGUCUACCUCGUAGGCGGAUCGAUUCCCGAAUACAACCCCGGGACGAAGAAAUACCACAACACAUCCCUCGUCUUCUCGCCCGAGGGCCGUUUACUCGCCACACACAGAAAAGUCCACCUUUUCGACAUUGACAUUCCUGGGAAGAUCACCUUUAGGGAGUCAGAUGUCCUGACGGCAGGGAACCAGUUGACACUGGUUGAUCUGCCCGAGUACGGCAAGAUCGCGGUCGCAAUCUGCUACGACGUGCGCUUCCCUGAGCUGGCGACCAUUGCGGCCAGGAAGGGUGCCUUUGCCCUGAUAUACCCCGGCGCCUUCAACUUGACGACGGGCCCGUUGCAUUGGCAACUGCUGGCGCAGGCGAGGGCGGUGGACAACCAGAUCUACGUGGCCAUGUGCAGCCCCGCGAGGGACAUGAGCGCGAGCUAUCACGCAUACGGGCACAGUCUGGUGGUGGACCCCAUGGCCAAGGUCGUCAGCGAGGCAGCCGAAGGCGAGGAGAUUAUUACAAGCGAGCUGAGCUCGGACAAGCUGGAGGAGACGAGGCGGAACAUCCCACUCAACACACAGAGGCGCUGGGAUGUGUAUCCUGAUGUAAGCAAGGGCAAGGUCCAAUUCGACGACCCGGACCUACCAAAACCUAAGGAGUAG